GCUCAGUGGAGCUACAGUAUCAGUAUUGCAGGCUGUGCUCUGCUACAGGAGACCACAGAGCUAACACCCUUUCUGUAGCUAGCUACAAGCCGGCUCCUGGAUCUGCUUCAUCAUCCAAGCUCAGAAUAUAAACACUACAAUGACGAAGACAUAGGAGGGGGUGGGAGCCCAGCACAGGCAGAGCACUGGGCUGUGCAAGUAGCAGCAGAAGGACCAGCUAAUGCCAUUGCCUGUUUCCUGCAUCCUGGCUGCAGAACCGUCCUAGGCUUCUUUCCUUUCGCCUAUUUAAAUAUACUUUUAUCAUAGAUAUUUCCCUGUGUCGCAGCAAUUGUGUUAAUUUGGAUUUUAUUCCAUUUUUUUGGAGGGGAACAUUUUUUUUUUUUUGCAAAUAGACAUCCCGAGAAAAUGAGUCAGUUUAUCUGGGCAGUAGCGACUGUGUGCAGGAGCUGAGCCCUGUCCCGCUGGCUGCAGGAGAAGGGGGCAGAGAGCGCAGAGGCACAUCACUCCGGGAUCGCCGCUGCCGCUGUGUGUAUACAGCCCCCUGCACACAUGUGUGACAUGAUUGGGUCGCAGCCGGCUCAGAAGCUCAGCAAGAUGAAAAAGUUGCGGAGAACUUUGUCGGAGAGUUUCAGUCGACUAGCGUUGAAGAAGGAUGAGAACACAAUUGAUGAGAUAUGUGUCACCAAGAUGUCUACACGGAACUGCCAGGGAAUGGACUCUGUGAUCAAACCACUGGACACCAUUCCUGAAGACAAGAAAGUCCGCGUUCAGAGGACUCAGAGUAGUUUUGACCCUUUCGAAAAAACUGCAAACCAGGUGAAGAGAGUGCACUCAGAAAACAAUGCAUGCAUUAACUUUAAGAGCCCAUCCGUGGGGAAGGAGUCUCCCAAACUCAGACGUCAUUCAAGCCCCAGCUCGCCGACAAGUCCUAAAUUUGGGAAAGCUGAUUCGUAUGAAAAACUGGAAAAAUUAGGCGAGGGAUCCUAUGCAACAGUUUAUAAAGGCAAAAGCAAAGUAAAUGGGAAGCUGGUGGCAUUGAAGGUUAUAAGAUUACAAGAAGAAGAGGGAACUCCGUUUACUGCCAUCAGGGAAGCUUCGCUCUUGAAAGGACUGAAACAUGCCAACAUUGUCCUACUCCACGACAUCAUCCACACCAAGGAGACGCUCACGCUGGUCUUUGAAUAUGUGCAUACAGACCUGUGUCAGUACAUGGACAAGUACCCCGGGGGUUUGCAUCCAGACAAUGUGAAGUUGUUUUUAUUUCAGCUGCUCCGAGGACUGUCUUAUAUUCACCAAGGCCACAUAUUGCACAGAGACCUGAAACCUCAGAACCUUCUCAUAAGCGAUACAGGGUUGCUGAAGCUGGCGGACUUUGGUCUUGCUCGAGCCAAGUCAGUCCCAAGCCACACUUACUCUAAUGAAGUAGUGACUCUUUGGUAUAGACCUCCAGAUGUACUACUGGGCUCCACAGAGUACUCCACCUGCUUGGACAUGUGGGGCGUGGGAUGCAUAUUUAUUGAAAUGAUCCAGGGGGUUGCUGCUUUUCCAGGAAUGAAAGACAUACAGGACCAACUGGAACGAAUAUUCCUGAUCCUUGGAACACCUAAUGAAGACACGUGGCCAGGUGUGCACUCCUUACCACAUUUUAAGACAGAGCGGUUUACACAGUACAGCCCUAAGAACCUUCGACAAGCUUGGAAUAAGCUGAGUUAUGUGAAUCAUGCGGAAGACAUCGCCUCCAAAUUUCUCCAGUGUUUUCCCAAAAACAGAAUAUCCGCGCAGGCUGCAUUGAACCACGACUACUUCAGCGAUCUUCCUCCACGGCUCUGGGAGCUGAGCGAUAUGUCUUCCAUUUUUACCGUACCGAAUGUGAAGUUACAGCCAGAAGCUGGAGAGGCCAUGCGGGUGUUUGGGAAAAACAAUAGUUUCAGCAAAAGUCUCUCAAACAGCAAGCACUGAUGAUUUCUGGCCAUGUGUGUGGAAUUCAGGAUAAGACUUCAGUCACUGCAGAAUGGAAUUCAUUGAGUAAGACAUUUGCCUUAUGGAGCAGGACCCUGAACAGCGACUGAUCAGCAUUCUGCCAACUCCUCUCUGCGGAGGACUCGAUCUGACAAGACUGUUUCACCCAAUAAUUUGCUUCAAGCCUCGCACGCAAUUUGCUACCUUGUGAUUUAUAUCAAGAUUAAAAUGUAAUAUCUACAUGGCAUAAUUUUUUUUAUGUCCCCCACCCACCUCCCCACAAAUUCAUUUCUUUAUCUACAGUACGACACAUAUCUAUAUGCUAAUGCCUGGAAACGGUCCCAGUCGUCAGCUCUACAAGGCCACACACCUUGAAUUUGCCUAUUUAUCUGUAUUGGAAGACUUUUUACUAUAGAAGAACACAAAAAGAUUCUUGUGAUUUUGCAAUAAAUCCUUGCAACAGACUUUUCAUACCGGAUCAUUUAGUCAUGCAUUUAUAUAGGGGGACCGAGAACGUGGCCUCUUCUGGCAAAUAGCAAUAUUUUGUUGUACAGCAAAGGCCUAGUUACUGCAAGCAUUAACAUUUCUAUAUCAUUACAAUAUAUGAAUAACGGUUCUUAUAAUAUACAUACAGUAGUAACGUAUGGGGAGGUUGUGUAUAUCAGCCACCAUCAAUCCUACUGAAAGUUUACUUUUUCCAUUUUUAUCCCAGUUUGUACCAUUGUUUCCUAUGACGGUACAUCACAGAUAUCUAAAGGGAAAACGAAGAGCUGAAAUACUUCAUUAUUAUUAUAUUUAGUGUUUUGUGUUGAUAUAGCGCCUCGUCGUUUUUAUCUAAUAGACUAAAAGUAAAGAGGAGGGGCGUUUGAUACUUGUACAUGACAUGACGCCAGUACUGGAGCGGCCUGGCCUUCUGUGCACCUAAGGCAAUGCUCUGUCGUUUGGCACCAAUUACAGGGAUAAUUAGCAUUAUAAGAAAUCUGUAGUUACAUACCAAAGCCAUUUUUCCAAUUUCCUUUUUUUUAUUUGUACAUUCCACACUGAUUGCUAUACACCCACGUGGGCAUUUUGUCUUUUCAGUGGCUUAUUUAAGUGAGCCAUUCAGUUUUAAACCUGAUAUAUUUUAAGUGCAGCCUGGAACAUAGCCGGCCUUUCUUUGAUAUAAUAAGCUGGAAACGAGGGCCCCUUUCCUUCAUUAUGUGACAUUUAAUUACUAAACGAAAGGGAGUCAAGGUUUCUGCUGUUCAUAUUACAUUCUGACUGCUCCUGGAAACGACUUAAGGUCUAGUAAAGUUCCUCUGUGUCCCCGCUGUAAGCCUGUUUUUCUGGCUGUAGAUCAGCUUUUUCUUACAAAUGUAGGGGGUGGUGUAUUGCCAGGUAUGGGGAAAGGAAAACUCUUACGGCAGUUGUCAAGUAGUCAACUAUUAAGUCAAAAUCUUAUUAUACGUCUCUAAAAUGGGAUAUAUGAUUAGUGCACUGCCAACUAUUAGGUAUACCCAAUUAGUACUCCACUAUUCAAUUUGCAGGGAAUUUCCGACAGGUUUUUGCCCAUUUUCAACAAUGCCGAUCCAACUUUUUUUAAAGUCGAAUCGGCAUUGUCGAAAACGGGCCAAAAACCUGUUGGAUAUGCCCGCAAAUUCGACAAAACAGGUGUAUCGGCGGGCGAAUUCGCCGAUCCACCUGUUUUUCAACAUGUCGGAAUUUCUUACAAGUCGAAAAAUCGUCCCUUUAAUUGAAUAGGGUGAAUCUAAAUUCGCCCUAAAAACUGCGAAAACUGAGUUUUUUCGACCUCUUGGAAAUUCCGGCAGGAAAUUAAUACCUGCCUAUGUGCUAGAGAGGGGUGUAGUAUGGUAUGCCGGCUGUCGGGGUUCCGGAGCACAGCAUACCGGCACCGGAAUCCCGACCGCCAGCAUACUGACAGCUGGGCGAGCGCAAAUGAACCCCUUGUGGGCGCGGUGGCGCAUCAUGCGCGCCACGCUAUCUAUCCUCCCUCCAGGGGGGUCGUGGACCCCCAAAAGGAUUAAAAGGUGUCGGUAUGCCGGCUGUCAGGAUUCCGGCGCCGGUAUACUGUGCGCUGGGACCCCGACAGCCGGCAAACUGAAGACCACCCGUUAGAGAGCCAAACUAAGAAGAAAAACUUUGAGUCCAAAGUUUAUAAAUGAGAUAUAAAUGUAUCAAACCUUAGAGAGAAGUAGAUAAAGUGGAGAAGUUGCUCAUAGAAACCAAUCCGCUUCUAGCUAUCAUUUAUCUAGCACAGUCUAUAAAAUGGCUGAUUAGUUGCUAUAAGCAACACUUCACUUUAUCUCUCUCUAAGGUUUGAUACAUUUCCCCCAAAGAACGAUACUUGGCAAUGAAUAGCUUAAUAAUCAACCUACAAUGGGGACCGCUCGGAGGAGGUCGUUUACGAACAAGGCAUUCGGGUCCAAACUUUGCACUAUAGCACUCUGACCAGUCAGAUACUGGAGUCCGUUGUCUGUCUUGUGAGCUUGAGUCACAUGUUAGAAUAAUGAUCAAAGUUGUUGGUUGCGAUGAGGUUUUGUAACUAUACUUGGUGAAUUAUGGACACUGAUCACUUAUACCGUCCAUGAUCCAUCUAGUUUUUGGAAAAAUGCUGUAAGUAUACUGUAUGUGCAUAUUUACCAUCUUGCUCAUUAUUUUGGCUGCCGCUGUAUUCACCUUCUGGUGAAUUCAUUGAUGAGUAGCACUCCUCAGUCGUGCUAUGUGCACCUUUACAUUGACAAAGAUGUCUGUCAACUUUGAUACAUACAGUAUAUAUAUAUAUAUAUAUAUAUAUAUAUAUAUAUACAUACACUCACACGUAGAUGUGUGUGUAUAUAUAUAUAUAUAUAUGUAUACACUCAAAAAAUAUGGAGAUAUUCCCCUUUCUGCCUCCUCCUUCCCCACAGCUCUACUAUGCCCGCCUCCUGCGCCCUCCUCUACCCUGCACCCAGCUCCAGCCCCUACAGUGUGUGGCUAGUUACCGUGGGCUGACCCCUCCUAUGGGACCAUCCCUGCGCCCUUCUCACCUACCACUUCACAUGUUCCUCACCUCUUCCCCAUCAGCUCCCUCUUCAUCCAUUCUUUCCUCCACCUCACAGCACCCUCCCCUAUAUAGAUUAAAAGAGAUAUCUAUAUAAAUAUGGAUGUAUUCAUCUCUGUAAAGUAGGUGAUGUGGAGGGUAAAUCCAGGUGCCCAUGAGGGGGCAACAUUCAGCAAUUUAGGGACGCUAAAUUAUAUCUUGCACCCCCCCCAACCUAAAAACAUUGUGGCGCCCCUGUAUAAAAUAUGUAUAUAAUCCACCAUGGUGUUACCAAUGUUUCAAAGCUGGCGCUUUUUUCUUGGCGGAUUGUGCAUUCUUUUUAUAAUCCCCGACUGCCGCCAUCCAUAUAUAUUUGUCUACAGGAGUAGUUUCACUGCUCUGUUUUAAAGAGGUCAAUGGGGUCGGAUAUUUAAAUUAGCAGUGAGUGUGUGUGUGUGUGUAUAUAUAUAUAUAUAUAUAUAUAUGUAUAUACACACACAAAUAUACUUAUAUACACAUAUAUUUAUAUAUUUCAGGAUCCCACAAUUUAAAACCGUGCUGAAACUUUUGAUAAAAAGCCACAAGACUGGGAUGGUCCCUCCCUCAUGCAAUGCUGCUUUCAGUAAAGAGUGCGCAAAUUUGUGUCUUCAGGCAUAGGAGACUGGCUCUACCUAGCGCCACUGCUACACAUGAUCAUGAUACCAUUCUAUUAGUGUUUUCCUUUUAAAGUGGGUGUCCAUAUUCAGAUGACUUUUAUUUAUUGACUGUUUAAUGCCCUCCUGCAAACUUACUGAAUAUUUUCCUUCUGUGUUUCUCAGCCAUGUAUUUAUAUCAUCAGGCAGAUCUCUUUAUUUACAUUGCACUGAUAUAUAUGACACAGCAUAGCUGUGAUCUCUGCAUUGCAUAUUGGGGGUAAUUCAGACCUGAUCGUUCGCUAGCUGUUUUUUGCAGUCCUGCAUUCGCAUAGUCGUCGCCCACCGGGGAGUGUAUUUUAGCUGCGCAAGUGUGCGAUCGCUUGUGCAGCCGAGCGGUACAAAAAAAACUUUGUGCAGUUUCUGAGUAGCCCAGAACUUACUCAGUCGCUGCGAUCACUUCAACCUGUCCCGGGCCGGAAUUGACGUCAGUCACCCGCCCUGCAAACGCUUGGACACGCCUGCGUUUUUCCAACCACUCCCAGAAAACGGUCAGUUGCCACCCACAAACGCCCUCUUCCUGUCAAUCACCUUGCGAUCGGCUGUGCGAAUGGAUUCUUUGUAAAACCCAUCGCAGAGCAAUGAACCGCUUUGUACUCGCGCAACGUGCCUGUGCAUUGCGGUUCAUACGCAUGCGCAGUUUUUACUUGAUCGCAGCGCUGCAACAAAACGCUAGCGAGCAACCAGGUCUGAAUUAGACCCAUAGUGCUAUAUGACUGAGUAACACUGAAAGAUUCCAGAUAAAGCCAUCUGUUUGCUAAAAGUCUCUGGAGGCCGUGUACAAACCUAUACAGUAAUCUGAACGUGGAACCCCCAAUGAAAUAUGCAUUUUUAUUACACUGUUAUUUUUACAGCCGAGUUCUGAAGAGCUGCAUCAUGGCAGUAUGUGGUUAUAUGCAGGUGCUGAUCACUUGGGUUAGUGGACAUCUCUGUAUCGGGUGUGGUUCAUCAAAUCGACAGUGUCUAGGUCGACAAUGUUUAGGUCGACCACUAUAGGUCGACAGUCACUAGGUCGACAUGGAUGGAAGGUCGACAGGGUUUCUAGGUCGACAGGUCUAAAGGUCGACAUGAGGAUUUUUUUUUUUUUUGGUGUCGUUUUCUUCGUAGAGUGACCGGGAUCCCAAAUUAGUGCACCGCGUCCCCUCGCAUGGCUCGCUUCGCUCGCCAUGCUUCGGGCAUGGUGCCUUCGCUCCGCUACCGCUUCGCUCGGCACACUUUACCGUUCCAAUCGUAGUCCACGUGGAUCGUUAAGUAUGAAAAAAUUCAUGUUGACCUUUAGACCUGUCGACCUAGCACAUGUCGACCUAGAAACCCUGUCGACCUCCCAUCCAUGUCGACCUAGUGACUGUCGACCUAUAGUGGUCGACCUAAACAUUGUCGACUUAGACACUGUCGAUCUUCAGACCGGAUCCCCUCUGUACCCUGUGCUUGAUGAUGAAUCUACAAGUCAGGUCUUUGCUCAGGUUAAGAUAAAUGCAUUGAUAAAAGGGCUACAGGGAAAACAGCGAGCUUUUUUUUGUUCUUUCCUUUUUCAAAGCUAAUUUGUAAAAAUGUACAUUGUAAAGAGCUCAAGGCAAAAAGAUAUGCAAUAAUAACGUUAGUAUUCUGAGCAUGCAAUAGUUAACUUGCUUUAAAAUGAAUAAAUAUUCUCCAGCCAAGUUUUUAUAAGACUCGCACCUCAACAUCUGGCAAAUUGCAGCUUAACACUUUGCUAUAAAACGCCAGCAAAACUCUGCAACCUGAUCUCUUAAGUGGGUUUAUCAAUCUGCAUAACGGUGCAAAAUGUCAUGAAUGUAUAUGAAGGAAUGGUGUAACCUCACUUUUCCCAGAUGAGCGGGGCAUAGGAAUUCACAGUCAGAAAAAUGGGAUGUACAGAUGGAGCCUCGUUCAUCUAGGCUUCUCUGCUGCACCUAGGAGCACCAAGGCUUAUUAGCAUAAUCCUUUCAUCUAUUGUUCUCAGAUGCAAUACAAUACAGAGAGAACAAUACAGCAGGGGAUUAAGUCAUUACAGCAGGGGAUUAAGUCCGACUGUCCUGGCUCACUAAAUCCUAUUAAAAGAAUAGAUGAACAGGGCUUCAUCUGUAUUACUUUUAUCACUGUGAUAUGGCAAAUAUCGCAUAACCUCUUCUGUAAUCGCAUAACCUCUUCUGUUAAUAUAUUUACUGUAACCUUGUAAUCCAUCAACCAACACUGUUGUUGAUAUCAUAUUAAACUGGCAUACAGGGCCGUAGAGAGCUGGGCAGGGCCCGGGUCAGUUUUGGGGGGGGUGGCCAAGCCCCCUUAGGAAAAAAAAUGACUUGCAGCGCUGCGAGCACAGGCAGAGGAGACUGCUCCCUGACCCUACCAUAGCCCAGCACACAGCUGCUGCUGCUGCUGCUGACAGGUAAGAGAGGGGGCGGUAGUAGUAGUAGUACCCGCCCCCUCUCUCCGCGGCCCAGCUGGCAUACUAUGGGCUGUCAGGUGCUACCUGAUGGAAGAUGUAACAAUUUUUAUUUUCCAAAAUCUGACACAGAACUGAGAGAAACUUUUUGAAUCGUUUUUACUUGGAUGCGCAUAUUGUUUUCUAGUCUUUCUUGUACGGUCAAGCGUAAAAACGAUAUUUUUUACUUUUAAUUUAGAUAUCGUAUUAAUUUCUUUAGGAAUUAAAAAAAAAAUGGGGUUGUGAUGGGGGUUGCAUAUUGGUGCUCCUGAAAUAUUUCCAUCAUUUUCCUGAUGGUAUUUUUCCCCUAUAUGAUUGCGGAGAGAAUGCUCCAAUAGUUCAUGAACUGACGCACUUAGAAGAAUGCAUUUCUGCGUAUUGCAUUCGCAACAUGGGCUAACGCAGCCUUUCAUGGUUUCCUACCAACCACUCUUUUUUGCAAUUUGUUUGAUCCAGGCUUAUUGAAAUAGUACAUGUGUUUUGGCCCAUAGUAACCGAAUGGUACGGCUGACGUGGGUGACUGCACAUUUGCACUGUUUAGCGUACGAUAAGUCUAUGUGUGUAGUCUAGUAGUUUACAAACUGAAUUUCUCACGUCUGUCUACCUCUGGGGUAAGAGUCUUUGCCAUUGCCAAAGUCAUCAAAAUACCAAAAAAGCCAACUGUGUUUUGGAGGAAUCUGGCGUGCCAAAGAUUGCAUACCCCUCUGCUAGGCCGCGUUUCAAGGAAAAUCAUAGUCACAGUUACAUCAUAAUAAUAAAAUUGUUUUAAAAUGACCAGUCCCCAAGUGGCACACCAACAUGUCAUAGCUACGUUAUCUUGCAGUUGUGUUGAUGUUGUCUCACAAAGAUUUAAAGUGUACCCAUGCUUCAAGUGGGAUAAAACAAGCCCUGCCCCAAUCAGCCCAUACUCCGCCUACCCACUUUUCUGCUAAACCCGGCCAUCUUUUGAAGUCCACAAAUCAGGACGGUUCCAUAGAAACCGUUACAGUUGGGUGGUUUGUCGACUGGGCCGAAAUGUUCAUGUAAAUGCAGCCUAUGGGAGUCAUUGGGGACUAGUGACUCAUUGCGUCAUGUGACCGUAUAGUUUACACUGGGGUGCUGCUGUAGCAGACCUCCUAAAGAGUGGGAAAUGUGUCCAUGGCAACCAAUUCACUAUCAUUUAUUUACUCUCUAUCAGAUGAUCGCUAGAAGCUGAUUAGUUACUAUGGGUAUCUCCAUUUGGGUAUGGGUAUCUCCAUUUGUCCUCUUUAGAAGGCUUGCUACAGCUUCCCCAAAAUAAUUAUCCAAAUUGUGACAGCCCCCAGCCUCCGCAAUGUGUGGGUUACAGGUACACUUUAAACCUUACAGCAUCCAUGACUGCAGAACGUUUGUGGAUCGCUGGCACAGUACAGUAUGAUAAUACACUUUAUCUUCAUGGUCUUGUAGGUAGCACAGUAUAUUGUUGCUUUACUCGUUACAAUGUGUAUUUUGUGCAUAUAAAUAAAGAUGUAAUUGUGCCUCA